AAGUUGACGCACGCGUGGUGUGCGUCGAGUCGCCUAGGGUUGUGCUGCUGGUUGACGUGUAUCUUCCUAUUCAAGUGUGGAGUGGCUGGCAGUUCCCGCGGUCGGGGGCAGUUGCCGCCGCGGUUUUUCGCCAUUUGAGGGAACAUUUGAAGCACCCCUUUGGCGAGCACCAAUGCAUAGAGAAGAUAGAACAACCCAAGAGUGCCCCAAAACUCCCCAACAGCCAAGCACCCUAUAAUGGAGAUUCCACAUCAAUUGGAAACCAGAGAGGAUUUUGAACAUUGUGCUGUUUUUUUUUUCAGAAGAAAUAAAUAUUUUGAUUAUAGAAGCUGUUGCAAAAACCAAGGAAGCUUUAUUGAAGAAAAGAAGGUUGAAUGUAAUUAAUGAAGACUAGGAAGCAAGUAGGGGGUUUGUAGAAAGACAACAAAUGUUGGGUUUUAAAGGAAAAGAAAGAGUUAGUAGUAGUAGACGAGAGUUCAAGCAACUAUAAAUUAAAUGAUUAUAAGCUUGUAAAGAAGAAGUUGAUGCUCAAGGUUCUGCUUUUUUUUUUUUUUUACCUGAGUGUCAUUCCAUUCAACGUAAUUAAAAUCCAACUUUUGCCAAAAAAUUGGAAUGAUUGGUAAAUAUGGGGUUUGCCAUAAACCUCCAUCUCAUUAUUAUGUUAGAGAAGCUUUUGAAACAAGCAGUGUUAAAAACUGACUUAGUCCUUUAAGAAUUUUUGGCAAGUGGAAGAGAACAAAUUGCAUAAUUAUGUCUAAUGGGUGGAUGGAUGAAAAAUGUGUUCUAUUUGUAACUUUUUGGUGGAUAGUCCUAAAGAGACCGUGUUUCUUUAUUCAUUUGAUACUUCAAGCAUCUAAAAAACAAAAGAUAAAGUUUUUAAGAUGUUGUGGACUUUGUUAGAGAGGAAAAUGUAGUGCAAGCAGUUCAAUUUGUUAGAGAGGAAAAAGUGUUUUUGUUUGUAACUUUUUGGUGAGUAGUCCUAAAGGAACUAUGUUUCUUUGUUCACGGGAUACUGCAAACUAUCACAAGCAAGAGAAAAUUUUUUAAGAUGUUAGAUAAUGUUGUGGACUUUGUGAGAGAGGAAAAUGUAGUGCAGGUAAAUGGUAAUGCUUCAAAUUUUAAGGCAGUUCGAGAUUUGUUGCUGAAAAAAAGCAGCAUUUGUGUUGGACCCCAUGUGCUCCCCAUAGCAUUGAUUUGAUUUUUGGAAAGAAUUUGAAAGUUCAUCAAGUUACUAUCAAAAAGGGAAGAAUGAUCAACACCUACAUUUAUGUAAAACAAUGUUAAUUAGCUUGUUGAAGUAGUUCACAAAAGGAAGAGACUUGAUAAGAUUGGGUAUGACUAGAUUUGUAACGACUCAUGACUCUAGCCUGUCUUCCUGAAUUGAAAAUACCAUGGUGGACCAUGUUUAGCUUUGAAGAGUGGAAAACAAGCAAAUUUGGAACUUUGAGGGGAGAAAAGUUGAAAAUAUAGUAUUGGAUAGUUGGUUUUGGAAGAAUGUAACCACAUACCUCAAAGUUGCUACCCCUCUUAUGGUGACCCUAAUAUUGGUGGAUGUAUAAAACCCACAAUGGGUUUCAAAUAUGAGGAGAUAAAUUGUGCAAAAGAGAAGAUUAAGUGCUACUUUAAUAAUACUAUGAAAAGGUAAAAAUUCUUUGAAAUUUAAUUACUUAUUUGUGAAAUUAUUUCUAGUACAGGAUAGUUGGUAUUGAAAGUAGUUAUGAAGCUGUUUGGAAAAUCAUUGAUGAAAGGUGGAAAGAUCAACUUCACAAGCCUCUGCAUGCAACUACUACCGCAAAAAGGAAGGUUAAACGUAUUGGUAUUUGAUUUAGACAAUAGUCUAAAUAAAGAAGAUUGAAAAAAGCAAUACCAAAAAGGGUAUCAAAUCGAAGACGGGUUGUAUUCUAGAUCCUUCUGUUUCAUAUAUGGAUUCUUUUUUUCCCAAUUACCUCAGUAUUUCGAAUAUGAACCUGGCAUGAUGAUUCCAAGGUGAAAGAGGAUUUGUAUAUAUGCAUGAAAAUAUUGGUUUAAGGAUGUUGCAUAAAGAAAAAGAAAUUAGUUUGCAACUCGCUGAUUUUCAUUAUGUUAGAGGACUUUCUUUCAUGGAACAUGCGAGGGAUUGUAGGAAAGUGUUGCCUCUUGGAAAAUGGUGGGAGAUGUCUUGGGAUAGAACUCCAAAGUUAUAGUGGUUUGCUAUUUGAGUUGAGUUUGACUUGUAGCUCUUUUGGGUGUGAGCAUAAUUGGAGCUUAUUUGAAAUAGUAAUUGAAGUUAUUUAUAAUUUAUAGUUUUCUACAUUUGGUUUAUAUAUUUACCGAAUUUGAUAUUUAUUAUACAUUCAUAGAAAGAGAAGUAAUUGUUUCUAUCAGAAAAAGAUGAAUGGUUUGGUUUAUGUGAUGUAUAACUUGAAAUUGAAAAAUAAACUAAUUAGAAAAAUUGAUGCUCUUUUGUUUGAUGAUAUUUUGUCUGAUGAUGAAUUGAUAACUACAAAGGGAUAUAAUGUUGUUGAGAUUGAGCAAGUUCAAUGUGAUGAUGAACGUGGAAAUGCUAACUUAGAUAGAGCAACAAGAGAUCCAAUUCUAGAUGCACUUGAUCUUGAUAAUAGGACUUUUGAUGCCAAUAUUGAUACACAAUUUUCUUGUGAGAAAGAGUUUGAUGGUGAUGACAUUCUGAUGAAGAUGAUGAUGUCAUUAGAGGAUUGGACAUUGAAAUUUGACAUUAGAUGAUGUCUCUGUCUAGUUAUUUAAUUGCUGUGAUUGGGAUGAGCGAAGUUCAAUGCUUUCAUAUCCAGACUAUUGUAGAAAGACUCAUGGAGCAAACGAGAGCUUUUGGAACCUUUCUGAUUGUCAUGUACUUUGUUGCAAGCUCCAUCCCCAUGUUAGCAGUUCUUCAAGGAAAAGCCUAUUUGAACUUCAUGAACUUUUCAAGACACUACCUGGCAUAGGAAAACAGCGGAUGUUUAAUAGCUCCAAAAUAAUUCCUAUGGAUCACUCAUGCAGAGCAGGCAUUUGGGAGUUAUCUGAUGAUAUUUUAACAAAAAUUUUAUCUUCCCUUGACCCAAUGGACCUCACUAGGGUUUCUGAAACGUGUCGUCAUCUAAGAUCAUUGGCUGCUUCUGUAAUGCCUUGUACAAAGUUAAAUCUGUUUCCUCAUCAGCAGGCAGCAGUUGAGUGGAUGUUGCAUCGUGAGCGAAAUGCUGAGCUUUUGCCACACCCUUUAUAUGCAUUUCUCUCAACUGAAGAUGGUUUUAGUUUCCAUGUAAAUACCGUUUCUGGUGAAAUUGUCACUGGGGAAGCUCCCACCAUCAGGGAUUUUCGAGGAGGAAUGUUUUGUGAUGAGCCUGGUUUGGGUAAGACUGUAACGGCACUCUCUCUUAUUAUGAAGACACGAGGUACAUUGGCAGAUCCACCAGUAGAGGCACAAGUUGUCUGGUGUCAACAUAAUGGUAAUCAGAAAUGUGGUUAUUAUGAGAUCUGUGGUAAUAACAUAACUGGUUGUUCUGCAUUGGGUAAAAGGAACGGGAGCCAAUAUAUCAGUAGAACUAAUGAUAACCAUGAAUACUCCUCCAAAAGAGCCAGAAUGUCAAAUCCUGACCAGCAAAUGAUUAAACUUCAGAGUUCAUGUUCCAUGGAAGUAAACAAAUCACCUGUGGAGGCACGCUUUAAGGAAUCUGUGCAUUCAAAUCAGUACACUAGGAGUUUGAGCCGCAUAAAGAAAAACCUAUGCUUCACAAAUGAAGAGGAAGCUAUGAUAUCCAAGGAAAGAGAAGUUGAAGGAUUAAUUAAAGCAAAACAUGCAUCAGAUGUUACACCUCAUUUAUCUCAAAAGAAGCUGCCUGGGAAGCCUCAAGGUGAUCCUUUUGAGUACAGUGAUACAUGGAUUCAGUGUGAUGCUUGUCACAAGUGGCGAAAGCUGGCAGACAAUAGUAUGGCUAGUUCUAGUGCAGCAUGGUUUUGUAGUAUGAACCCUGACCCUCUUUAUCAAAGUUGUAGUGUCCCUGAACAACAUUUUCGUUCUACAUCUAGGAUAACAUACUUGCCAGGGUUUCACUUAAAAGGGACUCAUGGUGGUGACAGACAAAAUGUUUCUUUUUUCACCAGCGUGCUUAAGGAGCACUACUCACUGAUAAAUUCUCAGACAAAAAAAGCCCUGGCCUGGUUGGCUAAAAUUUCAACAGACAAGCUUGCAGCUAUGGAAACAAAUGGAAUAAGAGGUCCUAUUUUAAACACGUGUACUGCAUCUGGCAGACAUUUUAAUGCCUUCCACAAAGUAUUUCAAGCAUUUGGCCUCUUAAAGAGAGUAGACAAAGGUGUGUGCAAGUGGUUCUAUCCUCAACAUCUUAACAAUUUGACUUUUGAUGUGGCUGCCCUUGGCAUGGCACUCCGUGAGCCUAUAGAUUUUGUCAGGUUAUACUUGUCAAGGGCUACCCUGGUAGUUGUUCCAGCAAACUUGGUUGAUCAUUGGAAAACACAAAUAGAAAAGCAUGUGAGGCCCGGUCAAUUGCGGAUUUAUGUUUGGACUGAUCACCGGAAGCCAUCUGUGCAUUGUCUUGCAUGGGAUUACGACAUUGUCAUAACCACUUUUAGUCGUCUGAGUGCAGAGUGGGGCCCUCGUAAGAGGAGUGUUUUGAUGCAAGUACAUUGGUUUCGGGUAAUUUUAGAUGAGGGGCACACUCUUGGGUCUAGCCUGAACUUAACAAACAAGUUGCAAAUGGCCAUUUCAUUGAUAGCUUCUAAUCGAUGGAUACUAACAGGAACUCCUACACCUAACACUCCUAACAGCCAACUUCCACAUCUGCAAACAUUGCUAAGGUUCCUUCAUGAAGAAUCUUAUGGACUGAAUCAAAAGUCAUGGGAAGCUGGUGUGCUCAGGCCAUUUGAAGCAGAAAUGGAGGAAGGGAGGUCUCGUCUGUUAGAUCUGCUUCACAAAUGCAUGAUUAGUGCUAGAAAGACAGAAUUACAAAGCAUCCCACCAUGCAUCAAGAAAGUUGUUUAUCUGGAUUUUAAUGAGGAGCAUGCUAGAAGUUACAAUGAAUUGGUAAUCACUGUAAGGCGUAAUAUAUUGAUGGCUGAUUGGAAUGAUCCCUCACAUGUUGAGAGUCUACUGAAUCCAAAGCAGUGGAAGUUUCGUAGGGCAACUAUAAAAAAUGUCAGGCUUUCGUGCUGUGUUGCUGGACAUAUUAAGGUUACACAUGCUGGUGAAGAUAUUCAAGAAACAAUGGAUAUGUUAGUACAAAGUGGUCUGGAUCCUACUUCUGGAGAGUAUACCUCCAUAAGAUGUAAUCUCUUGUAUGGUGGUCACUGUGUCAGGUGCAAGGAAUGGUGCCGCCUUCCGGUCAUUACACCAUGUCGGCAUUUGUUGUGCCUUGAUUGUGUUUCUAUUGACCAUACGAAGUGUUCUUAUCCUGGCUGCAGUAAAUUGUAUGAGAUGCAAAGUAGACUUCCCCGACCUGAAAAUCCUAAUCCAAAGUGGCCUGUACCCAAAGAUCUUAUUGAGCUACAACCGUCAUAUAAGCAGGAUAAUUGGGAUCCAGAUUGGCAAUCUACAUCUAGUACUAAAGUCUCAUAUCUUGUCCAGAAGUUGAAAGCCUUGCAAGGAACCAACGAAGAGACUAGCUUCUGUACAGACAAUAACAAUGAUGAGAUGCCUAUUGAGAAUAGUUUCUCUCUGCAUAGAAGUGAUGAUAAAUCAGCAUUUCAAAAAUGUUUGAAGAGCAGCACAAAGACCAAUUCUAACCUUGAGAAAGUUCUUAUAUUUUCUCAAUUUCUUGAGCAUAUACAUGUCAUUGAACAGCAGUUAGCUAUUGCUGGUAUCAAAUAUGCUGGAAUGUAUAGCCCAAUGCAUUCCAGUAACAAGAAGAAGUCUUUAGCCACGUUCCAGCAUGAUUCAAGUUGUAUGGCGCUUCUAAUGGAUGGAAGUGCUGCAUUGGGUCUGGACUUGAGUUUUGUUACGCAUGUAUUUCUAAUGGAGCCAAUUUGGGACAGAAGUAUGGAGGAGCAAGUAAUUAGUCGUGCUCAUCGAAUGGGUGCUUCUCGUCCUAUUCACGUUGAAACACUAGCUAUGCAUGGUACAAUUGAAGAGCAAAUGCUAGGCUUUUUACAGGAAGCUGAUAAAUGUAGAAGAUCGCCAAUUAAGGAUGUUGCGGAAUCUGAGGAUGAUGGCGGGGGACGAGGAUAUAAAUCAUUGCAUGAUUUUGCAGAAAGCAGUUAUCUAUUGAAACUAAGAUCUGUGUAUACUAAUUCAGAAUGUCCAGAAGGAAACAAAAGGUGUUUUGAUCGAUCAACAUCAAGCAAGUUCUAACUAAUUUACGUAGAGCAGGUAUUGUGGACAUUUGCCCUGAAUAUGGUUUCACUUUCUGGAUAUAGUCUUAGAAAUGCUCAUCUAAUGAAAUAUGGCUCAUGCAUUCAAAAGCGUUGAAACCAUUCUUUUUGUAAAAUAUAUCAUGGAGCUCUUCACAGUGUCACUCCUGUUUGCCAGUGAUUAAUGAAAUACUGGAAGAGUCUUGCGUAUUCUUUUGUAGAGGAUUGAGUCCAGUCUAUUUGAUGUAAUGUUGACCGUUUGGAGUCAAUAGUUUGAAUUUAAAUCGAUCGUUUUGGUUAUUGAAAAAUACAAUGUUAUUCUCCA